UUUGUAUUUUCUCGAGAAAAUCUCUCUCUUACUUACUCUCUCCUCUUAGUUUGAAUUCUUGUUCCACUUUGCAGACGCGCACAAAUGAAGGGUCUUCUCUACUUUCUUAUUUAUUGUUAACAACAACACUAUUUAUUUAUCAUCAUCAUCAUCAUUUACACGCUCUCACUCAAUAACCCUAUUUCUCAUCAUUUCCACUUCAUUCUCUCUUCAAUGGCUUUUUGAUCAAACCAUCAUUUCAGGGGCUGCUGGUCGUUGGUGUUACAAGUAUGACAUCUAGUAAUCCUUUCUUUGAUGAUAUACGGAGCAGACCUGGGGUUGAUCCUCCUCAAACUGAAGAGUCAACAGAAAUUCCUGAACUCGUAAAUGAUCCUAUACAGACUGUUGUUAAACCUAAUGGGACUGUUUCAAGCAGUGUUCGUGAGCUUUUAGAGUGCCCUGUGUGCUUGAAUGCUAUGUACCCUCCAAUCCACCAGUGCUCAAAUGGUCACACUCUAUGCUCUGGUUGCAAACCAAGAGUCCAUGACCGGUGCCCUACUUGUCGGCAUGAGCUCGGCAAUAUUAGAUGUCUGGCAUUGGAGAAGGUGGCUGCAUCACUAGAACUUCCGUGUAAAUAUCAAGGUUUUGGGUGCAUAGGCAUAUACCCAUAUUACAGCAAGCUAAAACAUGAGUCUCAAUGUGUGUUUAGACCCUAUAACUGUCCAUAUGCUGGCUCAGAAUGUGCUGUCGUCGGUGAUGUACAGUUCUUGGUGGAUCACCUGAAAGAUGAUCACAAAGUUGACAUGCAUAGUGGCUGCACUUUUAAUCAUCGUUACGUCAAAUCAAAUCCUCAAGAAGUUGAAAAUGCCACAUGGAUGUUAACGGUUUUUAGUUGCUUCGGUCAGUAUUUUUGCCUGCAUUUUGAAGCUUUUCAACUGGGAAUGGCUCCUGUCUACAUAGCAUUUUUGCGGUUUAUGGGCGAUGAUGAUCAGGCAAAAAACUAUACCUACAGUCUUGAGGUAGGUGGUAAUGGGAGAAAGAUGACAUGGCAGGGAGUGCCUAGAAGCAUUAGGGAAAGCCACCGCAAGGUUCGCGACAGUUUUGAUGGUCUCAUCAUUCAGAGGAACAUGGCUCUCUUCUUUUCUGGGGGUGAUAGGAAGGAAUUGAAGCUACGAGUUACCGGAAGGAUUUGGAAAGAGCAGUGAUUGUAGACUUCCUUUCUCCAUCUAAACAUUAUUAUAUUAAAUAGAAUAGAUUGUAGUGCAAGUAUUUUAUGUUAGUGGUAUGAAUCAUGUGGUAAUUAUAUUCUGCAUUGUGAUUUAGGAGGCAAUAUCUCUUUGCUUACUUUUCAUCAAAAUAUAUGGUCAGGAAGGUGUAAUAUGACAUGAUACUUUUUUAUAUUAGAUGUAGAACCUUAAUGUGUGCCAAAUAUGGCCAUUUAUUCGGAAUCUACAAAGCAAUUGCUUCACUCA